GCGCGCCUUAAGUGCGCAGGCGCGCCAGCAGCUCUCUUUUUCUGCUCUUCCUUCUGCCUCUUUCCAGACGUCAGCGGCCGUUGGGUUCUAUGUCGCGCCGGGCCCUCCGGAGGCUGAGGGGGGAACAGCGCGGCCAGGAGCCCCUCGGGCCCGGCGCCCUGCAGUUUGACCUCCGUGAUGAUGAUGACGCGGAAGAAGAAGGGCCAAAACGGGGGUCUGGUGGCCGACGCCCCGGGGGCGCAGGAAAAGAGGGCGUCCGCGUCAACAACCGGUUCGAGCUGAUAAACAUUGAGGACCUUGAAGAGGACCCCGUGGUGAACGGAGAGAGGUCCGACUGCACACGGACGGACGCUGUGGCUCCGGGCAGCAAAGGACGGGCUCCCCGUGGAAACACAGGAGCCAGGAUGGACGGAGCUGUGGCCACCGCGGCACCCCCAGAGCAGUCUAAUGCAAGUGGCAAACUUCGAAAGAAGAAAAAGAAACAGAAAAAUAAGAAAAACAGCACAGUAGAGACUUCGGAAAAUGGCCUGGAGGACAUCGACCGCAUCCUGGAGAGGAUCGAGGACGGCAGCGGACUGAGCCACCCGGGCCCGGCGCCCCUGAGCUCCAGGAAGCACGUGCUGUACGUGGAGCACAGACACUUGAAUCCAGACACAGAACUGAAAAGGUAUUUUGGUGCUCGAGCAGUCCUGGGGGAGCAAAGGCCUCGGCAGAGACAGCGCGUGUACCCCAAGUGUACGUGGCUCACGACCCCUAAGAGCACCUGGCCCCGCUACAGCAAACCAGGUCUGUCCAUGCGGCUGCUGGAGUCAAGAAAAGGCCUUUCCUUCUUCGCGUUUGAGCACAGUGAGGAGUACCAGCAGGCGCAGCACAAGUUCCUGAUGGCUGUGGAGUCCAUGGAGCCCAACAACAUUGUGGUUCUACUUCAGACGAGCCCCUACCACGUGGACUCGCUGCUGCAGCUCAGCGACGCCUGCCGCUUCCAGGAGGACCAGGAGAUGGCUCGAGACCUCAUAGAGAGAGCCCUGUACAGCAUGGAGUGCGCCUUCCACCCCUUGUUCAGUCUCACCAGCGGGACCUGCCGGCUGGACUACCGCAGACCUGAGAACAGGAGCUUCUACCUGGCCCUCUACAAGCAGAUGAGCUUCCUGGAGAAGCGAGGCUGCCCGCGCACGGCGCUGGAGUACUGCAAGCUCAUCCUGAGCCUCGAGCCGGAUGAGGACCCCCUGUGCAUGCUGCUGCUUGUGGACCACCUGGCCUUGCGGGCCCGGAACUACGAGUACUUGAUCCGCCUCUUCCAGGAGUGGGAGGGUCAUCGAAACCUGUCUCAGCUCCCAAAUUUCGCCUUCUCCGUUCCACUGGCGUAUUUUCUGCUGAGUCAACAGACAGACCUCCCUGAGCAGGAGCUCAGCUCUGCCAGGGAGAAGGCCUCGCUCCUGAUCCGCCAGGCACUCACCAUGUUCCCCGGAGUCCUGCUGCCCCUGCUGGAGUACUGCAGCGUGCGGCCCGACACUACCGUCGCCAGCCACAGCUUCUUUGGACCCAAUGCCGAGGUCAGCCAGCCGCCCGCCCUGAGCCAGCUGGUCAGCCUGUACCUGGGGAGGUCACACUUUCUCUGGAAAGAACCCGCCACCAUGAGCUGGCUGGAGGAGAACGUCCGCGAGGUUCUGCAGGCAGUGGACGCCGGAGACCCUGCCGUGGAGGCCUGUGAGAGCAGGCGGAAGGUGCUCUACCAGCGCGCACCCAGGAACAUCCACCGCCACGUGAUCCUCUCCGAGAUCAAGGAGGCUGUUGCCGCCCUGCCCCCGGAUGUGACCACGCAGUCUGUGAUGGGCUUUGACCCUCUGCCUCCGCUGGACACGAUCUACUCCUACGUCAGACCAGAGAGGAUCAGUCCGGUCAGCCGUGGAAACACAAUCGCUCUCUUCUUCCGCUCAUUACUGCCUAAUUACACCGCGGAGGUCCCAAGUCCCAGCUCAGCACCUCCCGUUGCCGCAGGGGGAGAGGCUGGAGGACGGCGUGCCGGGGGGUCCGAACCGCAACCAAGGCCUGAACCGGCUGAUGCUGGCCGUGCGGGACAUGAUGGCGAACUUCCACCUCAACGACCUGGAGGCGCCUCCCCCGGAGGACGACACUGAGGCGGAGGGGGAGGGCGAGUGGGACUGAGCGGCGCAGACGCCGCAGCUGUGCGGUCCCGUCCGGUCCCUGCUCUGGUCGGGACCGCCCGUUCCCCGCAGAGGGACGCUGCUGUCAGCCUGCCCCCGUGUCUCUCCAUAAACGUGUUUCUCCCCAUAAA